GAAGCUCUAAAACCGGAAGUUCAAGUUUUCGUCUCGGUGUUGGAGGGCCUGGAAACCAGGGUGAACUCGUGUCCACCCCAGAGGUCGCUGCAGGAGCCCUGAGGAGUCUAUGUCACCAGCUUGACCCAGGCCCCUGGCCACUCACUCUGCCAUCGCCUGUGCCAUCCAUGAGGAGGAAACUUAGCUCUCUGAAGAGAAAAAGGCCCCUUAUUACAAGCACUGGCCCCUCCCUGCAGGAAGUGGGGAGUGAAUGAGAAUGUUUGGUCCCGGUGUUCAGAACUGAGGCCACUUUUGUGACUGUGUUGUGAAUAGGUCCAGCAUGCCUCCUCCCAGAACAAGGGAGGACCGGGGUCACCGGGACCGACCCCGGGCUCCGAGUGGAGAGGAGGCCCCAGAGAAGUGGGACUGGAGUUGUCCAGAGACCCGGAGUCUCUUUGAGGAUGCCUUCUUCCGGGAUGAGGAUUACAUCCGCCAGGGUUCUGAGGAAUGCCAGAAGUUCUGGACCUUCUUCGAACGUUUACAGAGGUUCCAGCAUCUCAAGACCACCAGGAAGGAGGAGAAAGACCCUGGGCAGCCCAAGCACAGCACCCCCGCACUGGCUGACCUCCCUCAGACUUACGACCCGCGGUACCGCAUCAACCUGUCUGUCCUUGGCCCUGACACUCGGGGCUCUCGGGGGCCGGGCAGGCGCCUGCCCCCAGAGAGAGUGUCCGAGUUCCGCCGAGCCCUGCUGCACUACCUGGAUUUUGGCCAGAAGCAGGCGUUUGGGCGGCUGGCCAAACUGCAGCGUGAGCGGGCGGCGCUGCCCAUUGCCCAGUACGGGCAGCGCAUCCUGAAGACACUGAAGGAGCAUCAGGUGGUGGUGGUGGCAGGUGACACGGGCUGUGGCAAGUCCACUCAGGUGCCCCAGUACCUGCUGGCUGCUGGCUUCAGUCACGUGGCGUGCACCCAGCCCCGGCGGAUCGCCUGCAUCUCACUGGCCAAGCGCGUGGGCUUUGAGAGCCUCAGUCAGUACGGCUCACAGGUCGGCUACCAGAUCCGCUUUGAGAGCACGCGCUCGGCGGCCACCAAGGUUGUGUUCCUGACGGUGGGGCUGCUCCUGAGGCAGAUCCAGCGGGAGCCCAGCCUGCCCCAGUACCAGGUCCUGAUCGUGGAUGAAGUCCACGAGCGCCACCUCCACAACGACUUCCUCCUGGGCGUCCUCCGGCGCCUGCUGCCCCAGCGGCCUGACCUCAAGGUCAUCCUCAUGUCAGCCACCAUCAACAUCUCGCUCUUCUCCAGCUACUUCGGCAAUGCCCCUGUGGUGCAGGUGCCCGGGAGGCUCUUCCCCAUCACGGUCGUGUACCAGCCGAUUGAGGCGGAGCCGACCGUGUCCAAGUCGGAGAAGCUGGACCCAAGGCCCUUCCUGAGGGUGCUCCAGGCCAUUGACAACAAGUACCCACCCGAGGAGCGGGGCGACCUCCUCGUCUUCCUCAGCGGCAUGGCGGAGAUCAGCGCCGUGCUCGAGGCUGCCCAGACCUACGCCAGCCACACCCAGCGCUGGGUGGUGCUGCCGCUGCACAGCGCCCUCUCGGUGGCCGACCAGGACAAGGUGUUUGAUGUGGCGCCCCCUGGAGUCCGGAAAUGCAUCCUCUCCACCAACAUUGCUGAGACCUCCGUCACCAUCGAUGGUAUCCGCUUUGUAGUAGAUUCGGGGAAGGUGAAGGAGAUGAGCUACGACCCCCAGGCCAAACUGCAGCGGCUGCAAGAGUUCUGGAUCAGCCAGGCCAGCGCCGAGCAGCGCAAGGGCCGCGCGGGCCGCACGGGGCCUGGCGUCUGCUUCCGCCUCUACGCUGAGUCGGACUACGACGCCUUUGCCCCCUACGCUGUCCCGGAGAUUCGAAGGGUAGCCCUGGACACACUGGUGCUACAGAUGAAGAGCAUGAGCGUGGGAGACCCCAGGACCUUCCCCUUCAUUGAGCCCCCACCACCAGCCAGCCUGGAAACGGCCAUCCGCUACCUCCGGGACCAGGGGGCCCUGGACAGCUCAGAGGCCCUCACCCCCAUCGGGUCCCUGCUGGCCCAGCUGCCUGUGGAUGUCGUGAUUGGGAAGAUGCUCAUCCUGGGCUCCAUGUUCCACCUGGCGGAGCCCGUGCUCACCAUCGCAGCUGCACUCAGCGUCCAGUCGCCUUUCACCCGCAGCGCCCAGAGCAACCUGGAGUGUGCGGCUGCGCGGCGGCCCCUGGAGAGUGACCAGGGCGACCCCUUCACGCUCUUCAAUGUCUUCAACACCUGGGUGCAGGUGAAAUCUGAACGGGGCGGAAACUCGCGGAAGUGGUGCCGCCGCCAGGGCAUAGAGGAACACCGGCUGUAUGAGAUGGCCAACCUGCGGCGCCAGUUCAAGGAGCUGCUGGAGGACCACGGGCUGCUGCCCGGGACCCAGGCCCCGAAGCCGGGGGACAGCUACAGACGGCUGCAGCAGCGCCGGGAGCGCCGGGCGCUGCACCAGCUGAAGCGGCAGCACGAGGAGGGCGGGGCGCGCAGGCGCAAGGUGCUGCGGCUGCAGGAGGAGCAGGAGGGCGGCUCCAGCGAUGAGGACCGGGGCACAGCCACCCGGGGGGCUGAUGACAACGUGGACAUCCAGGAUGUGAAGUUCAAGCUGCGGCACAACCUGGAGCAGCUGCAGGCCGCCGCCAGUUCGGCCCAAGCGCUGACGCGGGACCAGCUGGCUCUGCUGAAGCUGGUGCUGGGCCGGGGCCUCUACCCACAGCUCGCCGUCCCGGACCCAUUCAACGGGGGCCGCAAAGACUCUGACCAGAUCUUCCACACCCAGGCCAAGCAGGGCACCGUGCUGCACCCCACCUGUGUCUUUGCCAGCAGCCCUGAGGUGCUACACCCGAAGGAGCCGGAGGCCAGGGCCGGGGAAGGGAGCCGAGACGACAGGGACAGGAUGAGCAGCAGGCACCAGCUCCUCACCUUCGUGUCGCUGCUGGAGACCAACAAGCCGUACCUGGUGAACUGUGUCCGCAUCCCCGCCCUCCAGUCUCUCCUGCUGUUCAGUCGGGCCCUGGACACCAAUGGUGACUGCUCCCGUCUGGUGGCUGACGGCUGGCUGGAGCUCCAGCUCGCCGACACUGAAGGCGCUGUCCGGCUCCUGGCGGCUUCCCUGCGUCUCCGGGCCCGCUGGGAAAGUGCCCUGGACCAGCAACUGGCCCAUCAGGCCCGAGGGCGGCGGCAGCGGGAGGAUGAGGAAGACGAGGAGGAGGCUCCCGUCAACCGCCAGGAGGUGGCAGUGCUGAGCAGGGAGCUGCUGCAGUUCAUGGCAUCCAAGGUUCCCUACAGUCUCCGGCGGCUCACGGGGCUGGAAGCUCAGAACCUCUAUGUGGGACCCCAGACCAUCACAACUUCCCCCAGCCUCCCCAGCCUCUUUGGCAGCUCUGCCCUAUUCCCCCACCCCACCAAGGGGGGCUACGCAGUCACGGACUUCCUCACCUAUAACUGCCUCACGAGCGACACCGAUCUGUACAGCGACUGCCUCCGCACCUUCUGGACCUGCCCCCACUGCGGCCUGCACAUGCCCCUCACGCCCUUGGAGCGCAUCGCCCAUGAGAACAGCUGCCCCGAGGCCCCGCAGGACGGCCCUGCUGGGGCCGAGGAAGCCACCCCUGAGCCGCAGCAGAAGAUGUCAGCCCUGCAGAGGCCUUACCGCUGCGAGGCCUGUCAGAAAGACUUCCUGUUCACGCCCACGGAGGUGCUGCGGCACCGGAGGCAGCACGUGUGAGUCCAGCUGUGCUGGGAGCCCUGGGCAGGGCUGUGGACUCCACCUGAACCCGCACCCUGGGCUCAGAGCCACAGUCUGGUUCCCCCCGCGCUCCCCCGUGGGGAGGGGGUGUGGAUAAAGUCUGACACGCUGAGUCGGACCCCCGGCCUGCUCCUGUCCACCCAGAGGGGAGCAGCGGCCUGUUGGCCCUCCCCGUGGUCCCGCUCUCAGGCUGGCCCGGGGGCCCUGGAGCCCUGGGGCAGGUAUGGCCGAGCAGGGACUUCAGACCUGGGGCGGGGCCUUGGCGCCCCUGCCCUCCCCAGUGCAGUCAGGCCUGCACUGGCCCGUCUGCCUGUGUCGCCUCAAGAGUUGGCGAGGAGUGGGUGUCGGUGUCCGCGUGAGACCAUGGGCGGCGCCACGGGACCCACUCCUGCACGGGCACUGGGCCGUUCCUGCUGUGGGGCCCGUGGGUGGUUCCCAGCCGUCCCUCGGGACCUUCGGCGAUGCUGCCCUGUCCCCGAGGAGCCCCCUGCCUUGGCCCAGGGGCACCCCUGCCUUAGAUGCCUCCCCUUCCCCGGCUGUUGGCCACACCCCUCCCCCCCUCCCUACCCGGAUGCAGCGGGGCCAGCGGGGCCUACCCUGCCCUCGCCUGCCUCUGUCCCCACUCAGCUCCCAGGGAGCUCAUACAGUCCCCAGCUCCACGCCCUCCCCCCCACCGCCGCCGCAGCCUCUCCCCUGGCCCUGACCACCGCCCUGAGCCCCAGCUCCCCGCUCCCCGUGGCCAGCUGCCUCUUUGGCAUUGACACUUGUAGCCUCACAGGUGUCUGGGGCGUCACCCAAAGUCCCCAGAGCCCCCAGAGCUGGCUGGGGCCUCCCUGGGGCAGCCCCUUCUCACUCCGGCAGUUUGUAAGUGACACUCCUUUCACUCAGCUGUUUUCCAUUCACACGGUUAUCUCGUGCUCUCUCCCCCCACCGCCCCACCAACCAAGAUGUUUGAGCUUUCCUUUUGGGAGUUUGUGUCCCCCAAAUCGGAGGCCUCUGCCCCAGCUCGGAAAAGUGCGGCUCCAUUCGGCCACUCUCUCCCGCCCGCACGCACUCCUAGCCAGUCCCCUUGGCUCCCCCGUUAACAGAUCCAGAGUCGGACCCCAGGUCUCUGCCACCCCUACCCCCCACUCCCAGGGACCGGGCCAGCUGCCUCCUCACUGGUCUCCCAGGCGGCCGUAGGUCAGGUUGGCAGUGCGUCCUGCCAUCGCACCUGCUGGAACUCCGCUCCAUCACCCGUGUGUGUGGAAAUAGAGUGUUCGCACUUUUUAAAAGCCGGGAUUACACACCCAUGGUUCUGCAACACGCUCUGAGGGUGACUCGGAGAGCUUUCUGAGUCAGCACAGAGUCUGCGCGUUCUGCGAGGCCGCAGAGCGGGCCACCAUGCUGCACGUUUGUUUAACGGGGCUUGUGUGGGCAGACAGGUCUCAGAGAAAGGAAGAAAGAGAAACAUCAUUUGGUUGCGUCCCGUAAGCGCCCCGACCCAGGUUUGAACCUGCAACCCAGAUACGUUCCCUGACCGGAAAUCGAACCCCAAGCCUCUUGGUUAUGGGACGAUGCUCCAGCCAGCUGAGCUACACUGGCCAGGGCCAGACAGUGCAUCUUUUGUUCCUACAAACAAAGCUGGAGGUGGCGUCGCUGGUCAAAGGGAGGGUGCAUUUGUGCAGGUCAUUUGAUAGAUUCCCCCCAAUGUCCUUCCCACAGCCUGCACCUGUCUAUUCCUGUUAUCUCUGUUUCCCAGGUUGCCAGUGACCCGAGCAUCUCUGCAUAUUGUUCUGGGCCCUUCGUGUUUCCUCUUCUGUGCUGGCUCCGUUUUUGACUAUGUGUUUUCCCAGGCAAAUGGCAAAGGCCAUUUUCUUAUUGGUUUGUAAUAGCUCUUU